CGUACGGAUGUGUGUGACAGGCUAGCGCGCCAAAUUAAUUUUCGACAAAAGGAAAGCCAAAUACACGGAUUCUGCAUAAUUAACCACUAAACGCGGCUGUAAAAAGCCGUUUAGACGCUUGAGAGUAAAAGCUUGACCGGUCAAAACUCGGAUUAACGUCAAACCGAAGAGCUGUCGGUAUGGGUUUGCUCGAGCGGUGCCAGGAGCUCUUCAAGACCUCAAACCUGUACGAGGUGCUGGGUAUCAACAAAGAGGCCACCGAGGCAGAGAUCCGGAGGAGCUACUACAAAGUGUCGCUCAAAGUUCAUCCAGACCGGGCUCCUGAGGACCCGCUGGCCACAGAGAAAUUUCAGGUGUUGGGGAAGCUUUAUGCAGUGCUAAGCGAUAAGGAGCAGAGGGCUAUUUAUGAUGAGCAGGGAGUGGUGGAUGAAGAGUCUGACGUCCUGAGUCAGGACCGCUGCUGGGAAGACUACUGGAGACUGCUGUUUCCUAAGAUUACAGUGCAGGACAUCCUUGAGUUUGAGAAGAAAUAUAAGGGCUCUGAUGAGGAGCGGGAGGAUGUAAUCAAGCUGUAUGUGCAGCACCAGGGAGAUAUGGAUGCCAUCACCGCCUCAGCUCUGUGCUGCUCCCAGGAAGACGAACCCAGGCUCUGCAGCAUCAUCCAGGCUGCCAUCGACAGCGGGGAAGUGACAUCGUUCCCAGCGUUUACUCAGGAGAGUAAAAAGAAGAAGAGGGCUCGUAGGAAGAGGGCUGACAGAGAGCGACAAGAAGCAGAAGAAAUGCAGAAAGAGAUGGGGCUCGGUGAUCAGGAUGAAAGUCUUGCGAUGAUGCUCAAGCAAAGACAGGCUUCCAGAGAGCAGAAUUUUAACAGUUUCCUGUCUGAUCUAGAAGCAAAGUACUCCAAAAAAAGUGGGAAAUCUCAAAGAGGCAAAAGAGGAAAAAAGUGAAAAGCUAACGGGCUCUGGUUAUAGCAGAUAAAAUGUCUGUAAAUCGUAGCAGAUAUUUUAAUUUGUUCAAAAAACAGCUUUUUUUGAUUAAUGAGAGCGUUUGUGUACAUGUAUGAGCAGCUGCUUCCUUCCGUGUUCCUCCUUCAUAAAACUGUUCUUUAUUUGGCCACAGUAGCUUAUUUAUGCAGCACUUAAUUUGUAGUCAUUUUUUGUUCUUUUGUUGUCAGUGUUCAUAAACACAAAUAAAUUCAUAUUUAUAUACAUAAU